CUUAUACAUUGAAGCAUCAUUUUUUUGUCAUGAUUACUUUUUUCAUUUUUUUGUCCCGCUGCAUUUCAUCUUUCCCCACCUCUCCUUUUUCUUUUGCUACGAAACAGGAAAAAAUCGUCUUUUGUUAGUAACAGAUCGAUGAAGCGUCAAGCGACGAUCAGCUCUUUUUUUGCAAAGCAAGCAUCACCUGUGACCAAAAAGCCGAAAAUCGACAAGUGUCUGUCAACAUCUACAUCAACAUCGAGCAAUGAUAAAAGUGACAGGAACACUAACAACGGCAUAACUGUUUCCAGCACGAGUGCCUCAAAGAAGAACGGUAUUCAGAAAGCAGAAACAAAAAGAAUUCCUGUCAAAGAGAAAUUGGCGAAUCCUUCCGCUCAUUUGACGGAACAAGAGCUGAAGAAACUGCAUGAACAGUUCAGUCAAAAGUUUGGUUCUAUGGAUAAAGAGAUACACGAAAGAAGACAACAGGUGGAUCAAUUGAUGACAGAUAUCAUGGAGGUUCAAAGCCAAGAUGCUACUGCUGGCUUACGUAGCAAAGCAGCACCAAUAGCCAAACAAAAGUUUACGCCUUUGGAACAGCAGGUCGUUGAACUGAAAGCAAAAUAUCCUGAAUGUUUAUUAUUGAUUGAAGUGGGAUACAAAUUUCGACUCUUCGGGGAAGACGCAAAGAUCGCUUCCAAAAUCUUACAUAUCGCUCAUUUUAUCGAUCGCAACUUUUAUGUAGCCAGUAUCCCGGUCCAUCGGCUGAAUGUCCAUGUAAGGAAGCUUGUCAAUGCAGGCUAUCGCGUAGGAGUCGUACGACAAACCGAAACAGCCGCUUUGAAAGCAGCUGGAUCAAAUAGAGGUCAACCUUUCAAAAGAGAAUUGACCGAGAUGAUUACAAAAGGCACGAUGGUCAAUCUGACGGAGGAUGACGACUUGAUAGAUUCUGUGAGCAAUAGGUUAAAUCACGGAGGAGGCCAUUUGAUGUGUUUCCUGGAACAGAAAAGAGGAGGUCACGGUCCUGAUGAACGCGUGCAAAUUGCGAUGAUAGCCAUUCAGCCUGCUACAGGAGAUGUUAUUUACGACGCGUUUGAAGAUACUUACUUGAGACAAGAGCUAGAGACACGGUUCUUGCAUUUAGAACCCAGUGAAUUGUUGGUUUCUGCAGACAUGCUAAGCCGACCGACUGAAAAGUUGAUACAGCAUUUGAAUUUCGGUGGUGAUGGACAGCAUAGCAACAACAAAAGUCGUGUGGAUGACGUACGAAUUGAGUAUAUAUCAGCUAGUAAGGAAGACUUCGGAAGAGAUUACAAAGCUGCCGUUCAAUACGUUACAGAGUUCUUUCAUGAGUCAGCAGAGACCCUGUCGAAUGUCUUUCACUUGCCCGAUAUGGUUGUACAAGCCCUGGCUUGCUUGAUUCGAUAUCUGAAGGAAUUCUAUUUAGACAGCAUUUUGUUGAGAUCAACAAAGUUCUUUAAACACUUUGUAGAAGAGAAUCAUAUGCUGCUGAAUGGUAAUACUUUGACACAUUUGGAGAUAUACAGAAACAGCACCGACUUUAGCGAAAAAGGUAGCCUGUUUUCAAUUUUGAAUCAUACGAAAACAAAAUUUGGACAACGAUUGUUAAGGAAUUGGAUUGGACGGCCGUUGGUUGAUGUUCAAAAACUGAAUGAACGAACGGAAGCCAUAGAAGAGCUCAUGACUACAGAAAACCCAAAAAGGAAUCUCAUUUUAUCACUACUGUCUAAAAGACAACUACCAGAUGUAGAAAAGGGUCUAUGCCGUAUCCAAUACGGAAAGGCUACACCCAUAGAGUUAAUUCAAGUACUUGAUACCUUUUACACAAUAUCUAGUUCUAUUCUACCGGAACCUCGUUUCCGGUCUGCUUAUCUCAAUUAUCUCUUUGAUACCCUACCCACCAUACGAGACGAUAUCGAAUUUUUUAGAAACCAAAUCAACCCUCAUUUCUCAGCUACCACCAAUAAGCAGCAAGAUAAAGCAGAAUUUUUCAAAACAGACAGCCAAUGGACAGACAUACCUCGCGAAAAGAACAACAUUGCAUUUGUCGAACAAGAAUUACGAGAACAUCUGUUAGAGCUCCAGCAAUCCACAGGGCUCAAAGAUCAACUGAAAUACACUACAGUGGCUCUUGUCGAGUAUCUAUUAGAAGUCCCGAAUAGUCGACUUAAAAAAGUGCCCAUGGAUUGGAUCAAGAUGAGUGGUACAAAAGCUGUGAGUCGAUUUCAGGACAAGUUCAUUUUGGACAAACUGAAAGAGCGAGAUCUUCAUCGAGAACGACUAGCGAUCGCUGUGGACACAGGCUACCAAAGCUUUCUGAAAGAAAUAGCAGCAAAGUAUGAAAAAUGGCGUGAGGUAGUGAUAUGCCUCGCGCAGUUAGAUUGCUUGUUUUCGUUAGCGAAGGUAGCAUCCUCUUCUGAUUAUGUAAAGCCAGAAUUUGUAACCACCGACUCUGCGUCGCCCCGUCGUCAUCAAGAAGUACGGAUGGAUGUGAUAGGAGGUCGACAUCCGAUGGUAGAACAUGCAAUGAAGGAUGACCAUGCUUAUAUACCCAAUGAUAUCGAUUUUAGAGACAAGCAGAAAACAAUGAUCUUAACAGGACCGAACAUGGGCGGCAAAAGCUCUUACAUACGUCAAGUAGCGCUCAUAGCUAUCAUGGCACAGAUUGGGUCGUACGUUCCGGCGACGUCUGCAAAAUUAGGUUUAUUUGAUGCAGUGUUUACACGCAUGGGCGCGUCGGAUCGUUUGAUGCGCGGACAAAGUACGUUUAUGGUGGAGAUGCAAGAAACGAGUGAUAUCAUGAAGCAAGCCACGUGUCGAUCGCUGGUGAUUUUAGAUGAGCUGGGAAGGGGUACAAGCACACAUGAUGGACAAGCUAUUGCGUAUGCGGUCCUGGACCACUUUAUUUCUCAUAUUCAAUCAGUGACGCUAUUUGUGACUCAUUACCCGUCAUUGAGUAGAGUGGAGAGCUUGUAUCCGGGGCAGGUGAGAAAUUGCUAUAUGGAUUAUAUUGAAGAAAAAGAUGACGUGACAGAUGUAGGACAAGUAGUCUUUUUAUACAAAUUAGUGGACGGUAUUGCAAUGAAUAGUUACGGGUAAGGGGAGAAAUGAUUUUUUUUAGUGAAAUAGCUCACUUGAAAGCCUGUUUUGAACCCAAUGCAAAAAUUUGUAUUCUAGGAUGAACGUAGCAAGGUUAGCCAAUAUACCGUUACCCGUGAUAAGGGCUGCUAAACAAAAAUCAAAGCAAGUGAAGGAGGAGAUGGAGC